AAAAUAUCCAUUCAAGUUGAAGUACUGUACAUGAAGUAGUGAACGCACGAAGAUUAUUUGAUCUUUAGCAGUCCAGUUUUCAAAUAAUUUUGUACGGAAAUGGAUGAGUAUUCAACGUACAGAAAUCCUCUAUCGUCUAGAUAUGCGUCCGACCAGAUGUCGUACAAUUUUAGCGAUAGGAAAAAAUUUACAACCUGGAGGAAACUGUGGCUUUACCUUGCUAAGGCAUCUAAAGAGUUAGGUCUUGAUGUCACUGAUGGUCAAAUUUCCGAGAUGGAAUCUCAUGUAGAUGAUGUUGAUAUCAAAGCAGCAGAUGAAGAGGAGAGAAAAAUCAAACAUGAUGUAAUGGCUCAUCUUCAUGUAUUUGCCACACAGUGCCCUACAGCUAGUCCCAUCAUACAUUUGGGUGCUACAUCAUGUUAUGUGGGCGACAACACGGAUUUGAUUGUUAUCAAGGAUGGACUGGACAUUCUACUUCCUAAAAUAGCACAAACCAUUAGUAGGCUUGCAAAGUUUGCCGAAGAAUAUAAAUCAAUGCCUACCCUGGGAUUUACCCAUCUUCAGGCAGCACAGUUGACUACUGUAGGGAAAAGAGCCUGUCUAUGGAUUCAAGAUCUGCUUAUGGAUGAAAUGGCCAUCCGAACAGUGCGAGAUAAUCUUCGCUUUCGUGGUGUCAAGGGAACAACUGGAACGCAAGCAUCGUUUCUACAGUUAUUCCAAGGAGAUCAUGAAAAAGUCAAACAACUCGAUCGUUCAGUCACAAAAAUGGCGGGAUUUAAUCGUUCGUUUAUAAUAUGUGGGCAGACGUACACAAGGAAACUCGAUAUCGAGUGCGUCAGCGCGUUGAGUAGUUUGGCUGCCUCUGUUCAUAAGAUGUGCACUGAUAUACGUUUGCUAGCCUCGAGGAAAGAAAUGGAAGAGCCGUUUGAGAAAUCUCAAGUUGGUUCAAGUGCUAUGCCUUACAAAAGAAACCCGAUGAGAUCGGAGCGCUGUUGCUCUCUGGCUCGGCAUUUAAUUACGCUUGCCGCCAAUCCGUUUCACACUGCUGCAAAUCAGUGGAUGGAGCGUACGUUAGAUGACAGCGCUAAUCGAAGAAUUACUUUAGCAGAGGCAUUCUUAACCGCCGAUGCUCUAUUGCAAAUGACCCAAAAUAUUGCCCAAGGACUUGUUGUCUAUCCCAAAGUUAUUGAGCGAUAUAUUCAGGAAGAGCUUCCAUUCAUGGCAACAGAAAACAUAAUCGUGGCAAUGGUAAAAGCAGGCGGAGAUCGCCAGGAAUGUCAUGAGCAAAUCCGAGUUUUGAGCCAACAAGCCGGAAACGUGGUGAAGCAGCAAGGCGGCAAUAAUGAUUUGGUUCAGCGUAUUGGCAGUUGCAGUUACUUCCAGCCGAUCCACGGUCAAAUACAGUGCUUGUUGGACCCGAAAACUUUUAUUGGUAGGGCUCCGCAGCAAGUCGAUGAAUUUCUGCAAGAGGAAGUCGCACCUGUUCUUGCCACAUAUCCAAGGUUAACGAGUAAUACUGUGGAAUUUAAAGUGUGAUUGGAAAGAAGAAAGUUUUAUUUAGCUCUUUCAUUCAAUAGAACAUUGAAUUUUGAAGUUCACCAAUAAAAUUCAAAUGGGUACAAUCAAAA